UCGCAGUCUUUAAGGCUACCCAAGGUAGUCAUUGCCCUCAACUCUUUUCAAAAUGCCUUCUUUCUCUCUGCAACUGCUUCUCUCGCUGGCUCUCCUCACCCUCACCCUCACCCUCACCCGUGCCACUCAGCUCAUCCUCCUCAACAACUGCAGGCACGACAUAUGGCCCGCACUUCUGGGCACUGCAGGCCACCCCACCCCAAGAGAUGGCGGCUUUCUCCUUUCUUCUGGCCAGGAGACUCUUCUGCAACUCCCUCCCUCCUGGUCCGGCCGCAUUUGGGCCAGAAAUGGCUGCUCCUUUCACCCCACCACCGCAAAAGGCUUCUGCCAGACUGGAGAUUGCGCCGGCCUCUUACACUGCCGCGGCCUCGGCGGCCUCCCUCCCGCUACGCUCGUUCAGAUCUCCCUCGCUACCUCCCACUCUCCCUUGCAUUUCUACGACGUCAGUUUGGUUGACGGUUUCAACCUCCCCGUCGCCAUCAAGCCUGUCGGUGCCACCCUCCGCUGUGGCGUCGCCUCCUGUCAGGCCGACUUGAAUCUUUGUUGUCCGCCCGCCCUGGCCGUUCGCCGACGAGGCAAGAUCGUCGCCUGUAAGAGCCCUUGUCUUGCCGCCAAAUCCGAUCGAUAUUGCUGCACUGGCGACUAUGCUAGCCCCGGCAAGUGUAAGCCUACGGUGUUUGCUCGUCUGUUCAAGCUCAUUUGCCCUCAGGCUUACGCCUAUGCUUAUGAUGAUUCCACGGCGCUCAAGACCUGCAACGCCACUCAUUAUGUCAUCACCUUUUGCCCUCCUAUUCCUAACUGACUCGUGAACAUCCUUUUUAAUUAAUGCGGUUUCCUGGGGAUGUUCUUUAGUUCUUCGAGUUUAUCCACGAAGUGCAGGAUUCCAAAUUUGCGGUGGGCUAUCUCAUCUCAAACUGUAACCGCAUUUGAUGCUUUCUCACGUCAAUGGAUUCUCUUACUGUCAUGAUCAUGAACCGUGACUAAAUUUAAGCUUUCCAAUAUUUGCAGCCAUCGGAAAAAGUUUUAAUCUUCAAAUCACGAUGGCUUGUAUGUUUCUGUAUUUCC